AUGGGCAGCCUCGGUGCUUUGGAGUCUAACAGACGGAUUUUGAUUCAGUCUUUACAGUUAACAAAGUCUGACGCAGAAGCAGACUUUGUUUUGGAAAACGCACCUACAUUCGAGUGUGAAAUAUAUUCUGCAUUAAUCAUAACUGGUUCUCAUACAAAUUUUUCGGCAUUACUGGACGAAACUACUGAUGUUUCGAAUAGCAGUCAAAUUAUUGCAUUGGUGAGAUAUGUUCAUGAUGGUGCCAUAAAGGAAAACUUCCUUUUCUGUGAAGAACUGAAAAAUAACACCAAAGCAAAAGAUGUGUUUCAGGUUGUGAAAGACUUCUUUGCAAAAUAUGAAUUAGAUCUCCAAAUUAUUGGCUGCCUUGAUACUUCUGUAGAGACCAUCGACUGGAUAAGGGGUCGUGCUCUGAAUCACCGCCUCUUUCAGUCCCUUUGUGAAGAUCUUGGAAGUGAACAUACAGUUUUACUUUUCCACACAGAAAUCCGCUGGCUCUUCCAUAAGUUAUAUCUGUGGUGUCGGAGAGUGAAAAAAGGGAAUCUUUCAAAUUUUCCAUCACUUGAAGAAAUAGUUGAUGACAAUGAAUCUUCAAGUUUGAUUCCUAGUGUUUGUGGAGAAAUUGUGGCUCAUUUGGAAGUGCUAUCGACGUCACUUGAUAGAUAUUUUGACGUAGGGAAGCUGGAAUCUUCUAAAGAAGGGAUUAUGAAUCCAUACGCCUUUGAUUUGAAUAAAAUGUCAGAUGAUGUAGAGCUGAAAGAUCUUAUAGAACUGCGUUCAAACCGUGCUCUUGAAAUGCAAUUUGAGAGUAAAACUUUGGAAGAGUAUUGGUGCUCGGCUAUGGUUUCAUUUCAAGGGCUUUGUGAAACUGCACUAGCGGUGUUCAUUCCAUUUGCGACAACAUGGCUAUGUGAGUCAGGAUUUAGCACUCUUUUGUCAAUUAAGACAAAAUCCAGAAAUCGCUUGAAUGCACAGGCAGACAUGCGUGUUGCUAUCAGCAACAUAGUUCCACGUUUUGAAAGACUCAUAAGCAUGAACCAGGAACAAAAGAGUCAGUGA